CAUGCCUGGUGCUCGACUUCUGAAGCGCGACUGGGAAAAAGACCAUGUCUACCUGGUUCAGUUCCCACGAGCUGGUUGCAUACCAUCACCUUCACCAUUUGCACUAAAAGUGGAAACAUGGCUACGAAUGGCCGACAUCCCGUACACGAAUAUCAGCAAUGAAUUCACAAAAAUGUCAAGCAAAGGUCAGAUCCCGUUCGUCGAGGUGAACGGUAGGCAGGUGGCUGACAGUAACUUCAUCAUUGAUCAUCUCAUUGAGGAAUUUAAUAAGGUUAGUAAAGCCGACAAAGUGCCCACACUUGCAACCGUUUCACAUGCCCCUUUCAUUUUGAUUCAAAACGUUGAUGAGUUUUUCACGACGAUCAGUGGUUCAACUUCUCUCAUUCAGAAGAGCAUUGAUGAUCGUCUGACACCGAUGGAAAAGUCAUAUGCAAGAGCCUAUCACGCUCUGGUAGAGGAUAGUCUGCGUUGGGUAAUGAUGUAUCAACGCGGUCGUGAUAACAAGUGGUUCGCAACUGAACAAGGGUUUAUACCUUAUUUCAGUGGAAUCAAGAAAUUUGCUUUCAAGAACAUCAUGUGCGACCAACUACGGAAGAAAAUUAUGGCCCAAGCGACAGCACAAGGAAUGGGGCGUAACACACCUGACGAGGUGGUGAUACUGGCGAAAAAGGAUCUCGACGCGAUAAGCAUGUUCCUUGGAAACAAGAAAUUCUUUUUCGGUGACAGGCCGGCCACGUUGGACUGCACGAUGUUUGCGCACUUGGUACAGUUCCUUUACACUCCUCUCGUUUCGCCCGAAAUAAAAACACAUAUGGAACAGCAUAAUGCGAACUUGGUAGGCUUCAUUAAUCGAAUGAAGGAGAUGUAUUGGCCAGAUUGGGACGAAGCGACCAACACUCGUAGUCUUUCUACCAGAUGGAAAAAGUAA